CCUGUUACGUAACAAGCAGCUUCGUUAAACAUCGUCAAUUUCCGUGAAUGGUUAAGGAUGGAGGAAGAGGGACGCAAGCUUCUCGAAGAGGGUAUAAGAAAGAAACUGAUAAGUCCUGGGAGAGGGGAGCUAUCGACCUUCCCUGAUGGAACCAAGGUGGUCUUCCACUACCGCACCAGCCUCUCUGAUGGUACAGUGCUGGAUGACUCCAGAACCAUGGGGGGCCGCAGCAAACCCAUGGAGCUCAUUUUGGGCAAGAAGUUCAAACUGUCUGUGUGGGAAAGAAUACUGAUCACCAUGAAACAAGGCGAGGUUGCAGAAUUUACCUGUGACACCAAGCACACAGCGCUAUACCCACUCGUGUCCCAGUCCUUGAGAAACAUAAGUAUUGGUAAAGACCCUCUGGAAGGCCAGAGGCACUGCUGUGGCAUUGCUCAGAUCCAUUCCCACCACUCCUUAGGGCACAAAGAUCUGGAUCACCUACAGGCCAACCCACAGCCUCUUGUCUUUGCCAUCGAGGUGCUGGAGGUCCUCACUCCUGGUUCCUUCCAGCUGGACAUGUGGGCCAUGACGGACAAGGAGCAGAUGGACUCUGUGCCUCAGAUCCAUGAAGAGGGCAACGCGUUGUUUAAAGAGGGCAAAAUUAAGGAGGCCAUGGAGAAGUACUACAAUGCCAUUGCCUGCCUCAAAAAUCUGCAGAUAAAGGAGCAUCCUGGAGAUGAAACCUGGAUACAUUUGGACCAAAUGAUCACACCGCUGCUUCUCAAUUACUGUCAGUGCCAGUUACUACAGGGUCAGUACUACGAAGUGAUCGAGCACUGCUCCUCCUUGGUCUUCAAAUAUGAAGAUAACCUGAAGGCCUACUACAAGCGGGGGAAAGCUCACGCAGCAGUGUGGAAUGAGAAAGAGGCUCGGGCAGACUUUGCCAAAGUCGUGGAAUUGGACCCGUCCCUGGAAGCACCAGUGAACAAGGAGCUGAAGGCCUUGGAGGAGAGACUCCGCUCCAAGAAACAGGAGGAAAAGGGUCGUUAUAAGGGCCUGUUUGACAUCAACGCUCGGCCAGCUGCAGCCACUACAGGCUGAGCCCUGUAAUGGAUCAUGACGAGGAUGCCAAUGGAUUUCCAGAUGGUGGAGAAGCAGGAGAACAGGCGUGCUGUUUUAGUUUUAUCUGUGCACUUCAGCCAAACAUGUUGCCAAUCUGCUCCUAUCCAGAUCUACACGCAGGCACCACGAGCAUUUGUAGCCCUACUCCUCUGAAUUCACUGUCUAAAUGUGAAGUUGCAGUUCCGUUUGGAGUGUCUGUUAUGACCUGUGGCCUGAUUCAGUGCUGGACAUUUUUCAUUUUAAGGGAACACCUUAUGUCCACCCCAGCACUUACUAUGUCAUGCAUAGCCUCUUUCUUUUUACUUCAUUUUUAUAAUAUCUUCAAUGCUGUAUAUAAUCUUUGUAAUCAUUACUCAAGAUCAGAGUAGAUUGUAACUUCAUACAGAUGCUCUACUUGUAAAAACAAUGCUUCUUUUUAUUUUUACUUACAUGUACACACUCUGCAAAGUCUGUCAGCAACUAGAGCACUAAUCUCUAGUGGAAAAGGAGACUGGACAUUUAGCAGUACCGGUCGGUGACAAUCACUAAAUUGAAAUUAAUUUUCUCAUAUGUACGUAUUUAAUGUAUUGAAGCAAAAUAUUUACAUUAUUUAGUUGUGCUUAAGAUGUCUUCAGCAGACGCUCAGCAUCUUUGUCGGCUGCUUUGGAGGAGCGCUUUACUCCACGUUUGAAAGGUCCUGGUAGCUUUUCUGAGCUGUUGGCAAGGUGGUGAUAAUCUAACUGAAAAUAAAUUUGUAUUUAAUUGUAA